AUGAGUUUAUGGAGGAGAAUAGCCGCGCGAGGUCGCUCUUCGUCUUUCAUCGAAGGGGGGCAUCGACUUUUAGCAACAACAACAAGUACAACCGUAGUAGAUAAAAAGAGAGCUUUGGUUUUACCACCAGCAGCAGCAUCGUUCUUUACGACGGCGACGACGACAAAAACAACAACAAAUGAAACAAACAACAAUUCUUUCCUUCGAGGAAGGAGAUUCGUCUCCACCACUCCUACAUCUCUUUUGUCCACGGACGGGGAGGUGUUGAGCCUUGAUCCGAGCAGCUAUCGCGAAAUGGUUCGCAAAUUCAAAGGCGUUGAAACCGCUUCUAAAGCUGAAAUCAACAAGAUUGAGUUGGCCCGAGUUCGUAGAGAGCACGCGCGGUGGUCGGCGGAUACCGGCUCGUCCGAUGUCCAAAUCGCCGCUCUCACUGCUAAAAUCGCGUACAUGACGGAACAUUUAAAAGUCCACAAGAAAGAUAAGCACAGUCGAUUAGGUUUAUCGCAAAUGUUGGAGAGACGAAAGAAACUUUUGAAGUAUCUUCGUCGAACCAAGCCGUUGAAGUACGAAAAGGUGAUCACUGCGCUCGGGUUGAAAGAUCGGACUUUUGUGGAGGAACCGUUGGGUGCCAAGUGGCCUACCCGUGGUGGUGGAUAG